AUGGCCGCCAACGGGUAUCACAUCGCUAACGGUGCCUCUCGCCCCCUCAAGGCUGGCGUAUACGCCCCCAUCCCCUCCUUUUUCCUCCCAGAAUCUGAGGAUCUUGAUAUCCCGUCUUUUGAAGCUCAUGUCGUCCGCGUUGCCAGUGCUGGUGUUGGUCCCCUCAUAGCCGGCUCCAUGGGCGAAGCCAUCCAUCUGUCCCACCCAGAACGAGUGAGGCUUAUACACGCAGCCCGGAAAGCUCUGGACAACGCUGGGUUUAGCCGUGUACCCCUUAUCGCAGGGACAGGUGCAGGGAGCACUAGAGAGACCAUUGAGCUCACCAACGAAGCUGCUGCUGCCGGCGCAGAUUAUGCCAUCGUGAUCGCUAGCGGCUACUUCGCCGGGGCGCUAACUAACAAUAAAGCCGCCUUGAAGGCGUUUUGGGUCGAGGUUUCGGAGAAGAGCCCCAUACCUGUCAUGAUUUACAACUACCCUGGUGCCAGUGGUGGAAUUGACCUUGAUUCCGACCUUGUCGUAGAGCUUGCUACAGAGUGUCCCAAUCUGUGCGGCGUCAAACUCACGUGUGGAAACGUUGGUAAAUUAACCAGAAUUGCUGAUGUCAUUGCCGCUCCGACGUUCACCUCUCUGUAUCCUCGCAAGAAUUCCCAAGCACCCUUCCUCGUUUUGGGCGGUUUCAUUGACUUUCUGAUUCCAUCUACUUUUGCAAAUGGACACGGAGCCAUUACUGGGCUUGCUAACGUUGCCCCACACGCCAUCGCGAACCUAUUCAAGCUUUCGGAGACUUUACAGAAGGACCUGACGCUCCUUCCGGAGGCCCAGCGCCUCCAGGGAAUUAUUGCACGCGCAGACAACACGAUCGCAAAGGCAUCAAUUGCGGGUACGAAGUACAUCCUAGAAAGAAUGUACGGCUAUGGUGGAGUUCCACGGAAGCCUCUCCCUCCAAUGGAGGCUGCCGCUGCGCAGGCUCUUUGGGAGCAUCCGCAUACUCAGGCUCUUGUCAAGAUUGAAAGGGAAUUCUCUGGCAAGCAACUAGCAUAG